AUGAAUCGUCAUAGAGAUGAACUAGGGAGAUUUGUAAGGAGACCCAACACCCCUAGUGAUAACUCUUCCGAUACAUCAAGCAUUGCCUCUCCCACCUCAACAAUUGCUCAUAAUCCAUUCGCCAUGGCCCAUCAUGAUGAAAUUCAGCAGAGAAGUCUUAAUGACUAUCUCCAUCCUACUCGCACUCCUACCCCUUCUUGUAUCCUCUUUCCACCUAAUAUGCCCAAUUUUGAAUUCAAACCUGGCAUGAUUCAACUCUUGCCAAAUUUCCAUGGUUUAGAAAAUGAAAAUCCUUAUGUGCAUAUUAGGGAAUUUGAGGAUGUGGUAGCCACUUUUUAUAACCAAGCUAAUAUCGCGGAUACUGUGCGAUUAAAGUUUUUUCCCUUCUCUUUGAAGGAUAAAGCUAAAAGCUGGUUAUACUCUCUGAGACCAAGGUCUAUUGGAACAUGGGAAGAAAUGACAUCAUCAUUCUUUCACAAAUACUUCCCUAACCACAAGACCAAUGGUUUAAAAAGGCAGAUUUCUACCUUUUCCCAAAAAGACAAUGAAACUCUUUAUCAAGUCUGGGAAAGGUUUAAAGAACUGUUAACUCUUUGUCCCCACCAUGGUUAUGAAAAAUGGCGCCUAGUUAGUUAUUUCUAUGAAGGCCUCACUAGUCGUGAACGCCAGUUUAUAGAAAUGAUGUGCAAUGGUGAAUUCCUCCAAAAAGAUCCUGAAGAAGCCUUUGAAUAUCUCAAUGAGCUUGCAGAAAAAUCUCAUACUUGGAUCGGUCCAAGUGCUACCGAAAGCACUAACGAAAUCGACCACAGAAUUUACCAACUAAGGGAGGAGGACAGCCUCAAAGCCCAAGUUGAGUCCUUAACAAAGCAACUUGAGGCCUUUAAAAAAAAAAAGUGGGCAAGGAUCGAAUAUGGUUGCCAAAGCGAAAUACAUGAGCCAUGUUUUGUGUGUGGAGAAUCGGAUCAUUUAGCUAAGGAUUGUUUAGCCUUUAGAGAAAUGAAGGGGGUUUAUGAAGAGCAAUGCAAUGCCUUAGGGACCUACAAUAAGCCAUUCUCUAAUACGUACAACCCUGGUUGGAGAAACCACCCAAAUUUCAGCUGGAAAGAUCCCAACCAAGCACAAUCUUCUGGAGGGCAAUGGAGAAAUGAGCACCAAAAUCAACCAUCAAAAGCUCAGCCUCCUCCUCAAUACAAUUCUCCACCUCAAAGGAGUUCUCUUAAGAACACCGUUCAAUCAUUCAUGGAGGAGCAAACUAAAAUAAAUCGCCAAAUGAUGGAAGAAAUCAAAGAAAUGAAGAGUCAAUUUUCAAAAUUGAUCGGGUCCUUGGCUAUUUACGAAAGAGGCAAACUUCCUUCUCAGCCUCAAUUCAAUGCACAAGGGCAACAUAUGGCUCAAACCUCCAGCUCUAACGAUCAAAUAGUUAAGGAGGCUAAUGCCAUCACAACUAGAAGUGGUAAAACUUUGGAAGAUCAACCAAUAACAGCUACCACUUCAAAAUCUCCACAUGUUGUCCCUAAAAGUGUGCCAUCCAAUGCUUCUGCAAAAGUUCCAUUUCCCUGUGCUUUGAGACCUGUUGGGAAAAAUCUUGAAAAUCGAGGAGAAAUCCUUGAGCACUUGACACAAGUGAAGAUUAAUCUUCCUUUGCUUCACGUCAUCAAACAAGUGCCAACCUAUGCUAAAAUCAUCAAGGAUCUUUGCACUGUAAAAAGGAAGCAUCAUGUCAAAAAGACCGCUUUCGAUCGAGCAAGUUAG